UCUUGUCUUUUCGAUACUGUAUGUCGGUGGGUGGGUUUGUGUCAGUCUGCCAAAGGGGGCAGUAUCGAGCACUGCUCCAUGGGAAGCUCAAUUUUUCAAGAUGUCGUCGCUGGAACAGAGAUUGUCGCGGAUCGAGGAGAAACUAAAGCAGGAAAACGAAGAAGUUCGGCGGAGUAUGGACCUUAAGAUCGACAUGAGUCCCCAUAGAUCCCACGCGAGACCAAUCAUCGUGAUCCAGCUCAGUCCUGCUCCAGCUCCUUCCCAGCGUGCAGCCCUUCAGCUACCCCUUGCCAAUGACGCAGGAAGCCGCUCAUCAUCUUCAGAGAGCUCACCUCAGCACCAUCCCUGUCGCCCCAGACAUAUGCUCACCCUCCCCACUCCACCAUACGGCCUACAGAAGAGUCUAGAGAAUGCAGAGAUUGACCAGAAAUUGCAAGAGAUCAUGAAACAAACGGGUUAUCUUAAAAUUGACGGACAGAGGUAUCCGGCCGAGGUGACAGAUUUGAUCAAUGAGGGGGAGAUUGGCAGCGGGACCUGUGGGCAGGUCUUCAAAGUGCGAUUCAAGAAAACUGGUCAUGUAAUUGCAGUCAAACAAAUGCGGCGAACAGGAAACAAGGAUGAAAACAAGAGGAUCCUGAUGGACCUGGACGUGGUGCUGAAAAGUCAUGACUGUCCUUAUAUAAUUCAGUGCUACGGUGCCAUAGUUACCAAUACGGAUGUAUUUAUUGCCAUGGAGCUAAUGGGAACGUGUGCUGAGAAGCUGAAGAAAAGAAUCCAAGGCCCCAUCCCAGAACAAAUCUUAGGAAAGAUGACUGUUGCAAUAGUGAAAGCCUUGCUGUAUUUGAAAGAGAAGCACGGUGUCAUCCACCGUGACGUUAAACCCUCCAACAUUCUCCUGGAUGCGAAAGGUCAGAUCAAACUCUGCGACUUUGGCAUCAGCGGACGCCUUGUCGACUCUAAGGCAAAGACUCGCAGCGCUGGUUGUGCUGCGUACAUGGCGCCUGAGAGAAUAGACCCUCCUGAUCCAACCAAACCCGACUAUGACAUCCGAGCGGACGUGUGGAGCCUUGGCAUCUCUCUGGUGGAAUUGGCUACAGGGCAGUUUCCCUACAAGAACUGCAAGACAGACUUUGAGGUUCUGACCAAAGUGCUGCAGGAAGACCCCCCUCUGCUGCCUCUCAGUAUGGGAUUCUCCCUCGACUUCCAGUCCUUCGUCAAAGAUUGCCUCACUAAGGAUCACAGAAAAAGGCCAAAAUACCACCAGUUGCUAGAGCACAGCUUCAUACGACGUUACGAGGUGCUGGACGUGGACGUGGCCGGUUGGUUCCAGACGGUGAUGGAUCGCACUGAGUCGCCUCGGACCAGUCAGUGUUACAGCCAUCAUCACCAGCUCCACUCCUCACUCUUUAGCAGGUAGCCCGCAGAGAGCCCCCUCGCCUGCUGUUAGCGCAGCUGUCCUCUCUAAUGUAGUCUAGCCUCAGCCUAAAGACGCUAAGCCUAGCCUUAGACUGUGUCCACCGGAGAAGUCCUCAAAGAACGAAAUGAUGAUGACGAUGACUACAGAUAUUUGGGGUGCCGGAUUUGAUGGAUGGAGGGAGGGACUGAUGGAUGGGAUAACAUAUUCAAUCUGGACAGGCAGACAUGGGAGGGAGGAGCCCCUUGUAGUUAGCUUGAUUUGUGCGCAACUAUACACUCGUAAAUGUAUCGUCACUUUUUAGUCAUCGCUUAGCAACGGGUGUCAUCCGUGCCACUGUCACAUGUACAGCAUGCCACAUAUGAACACAGGCACGAGUGAUCAAUUUGAACACUGGAGGAAACAGCAUUUAUUUCACACGUUUAACGAAAAGUGAGACCUCAGUGAGUAUUCUUUUCACGACGCACAGUGAAAAACGUCAUGAUUUUAUUUCAUAGCUUGCAGUUGAGGAAAACACUUGCCUCAAUCUGACUAUUACGUCAACAAGGACUCAAUCUGGGUUUCACUUUAUGAAUUGAGCAACUGAAAUGACUGACUUUUUCUACAAUAUUCUAUUUUGUUGACAUGCACCUGCAUACUAAAUAUUCUGUUCAGUCUUUUCGUCUACCACACACAGAUCAUCAGUGAUCCCCUCGUUUCUAACAUUAAUUGAUUAGCUUUCAAGCGAAGGAGCUCCAAUCCACAUAUCAGCUAUGCAAUUGGAAGGAAAACUCAGAAAAACAAAUUAGUGUUGUAUUCUAAACUUCUUUUUGUGUGUGUGUGUGUGUACAUAAUGAGUUGAUCUGAACUGAGAGUAGAUCGGAAGGAAAUUGGUGGGUUGGAAACGAAGGUCAUUCUGAUGACUAUUUGGGGGCCAGGAGACCCAGACGUUUAACUUGUACAAAGAAACUGAAAAAGGGCAGGAAUGGUGUAAUCAAUUGUGGAGCAUCUGCCUAGUCCACGUGGUUGUCUACCUCAUCCUCUCCGUCUGCCUCUGCUGUUUAGUGUUUUCCAGACCAAAGGUGAUUGCGGCUGUGAGGUGGCGGCCAAGAGACUUGAGACGCCUUACGGUGCAAUAACAUUCAACUAUUUCCAUUGAUGUUCAAUUGAAGCAAGCGGUCCUUGCAUACGUUUUGAAGCCACACUCAAAGUGGUUUUUAAAACUUGUGAUCAUGUCUCAAGUACUCUUGAUGUGCUCGAGGUGAUAGUCAAAACAGAUUGCUACUUUAACUGGCCGAAAUGAGCAUUUUUCGAUGAUUUUUAGGGAUCAUUUCCUUCCUAGAUGACAGCACUUCAUUGAACAGAACAUUAUAAAGGUACACAGAUCAUUCUCAAAGACAUUCUAAGCUGUUCUCACCACAAUUUAGUAGGAAAUCGUACUGAACGUUAAACAUUGCCAUAAAUAAGGGCUUUCGAAUACCAUGUUACAAUGCCUGCGAUGCAGUGAAAAGUGAUCUCUUUUAAAUACAUCCAUCCAUUUUCUGAUCACAAGGGUGUC